AUGAAUCAAAAAAUUAUGUUGUUCCUUUUUAUAAAGAUUUCUACAUUUAUACUUUUAACAUGGAUAUUCCAUUUUAACAGUGAAUUGAGUACUUUUAACAAAAUUAUCGAUAAAAACUAUAACCUUAGUAAAAAAUUAGAUACAAGAAAUUAUCGAUUACUGGCAAAAUAUAAACUGAAUAAUCAUUCAUAUAAUGUAUGUUUAAAAAAAAAACUUGAGGAUAAUGAAGCAAAUAAACAAAGAGAUUUGUCUAAUAAUGAAAGGAGGAUAAAAGAAAAAAAUAAACAAUCAAGCAGAAAUUUAUUAAAUAAGGCCCAAUACUAUGUAGACGUUAUAGAUUAUAAUAAUGGAAUGUUUGAUGGAAAAAAUUUUCAUUUUCAAAAGAAAUGGAUAAAAAAAAAAGAUUAUGAUAGUUUUCUUGAGAAAAAAAGGAGAAUAUGUGACGUAGCUUUAAAAAAAAUAAAAUUUAAAAAUUACGGUUAUAUAGUUGGUAUGUUUUUUUUUUUUUUCUUUUUGGGCAUAGGAUUACCCAUGUCAUGCAAGUGUGAGAUGGUAAGAGCAGGUACAACAGAUACUAGAAGUAAUAGCAUAGAUCUACAGAUAAUAAAAUAUAUCAGUGAUUUACUAGGUACAAAAAAUGAAUUACAUGUUUUUAUAUUAUUAUAUACAGUAGCUUUCAUUAUAUUAGUAGUUUUAAUUAUAAUAGCUACUUAUAAGAUCUUAAGAAAUAAUGAAAAAUAUCAAAAACUUAAGUUGAUGAGAGAGUAA